AAUAAUAAUAAUAAUCAGGAGGCACACGUGUCAAAGUAUACAGUAAUUGCUGAAUAAUAUUGUUGAAUAAAUUCACUACUAGGAGUACUUCCUCCUUUAUACCAUCUGAAUCAUCAAGGCACACACAUCUCACAUGCUGUUGCGAAGGUCAUUCGUUUUUAGCUCCGUUUUGUAGGGAGGUGGAUUUCGUACACGGUUUGUGGGAUUGAUGGAAAGGAACUUCCCUUUCAUCCGCUCGCGGCGCCGCCGCCCUGAGCGCCCCCUGCUGCCCGCUGCUGGAGCUGCGGCCGCUCGCCACACCCCUCCCAGUUUCUAUCGGCCCACAGCGACUCGCCUGUCCCUUUAAUUGGCGCGUACCAAGUCCUUCCAGGUUACAUGCCUUCCCCGAGCUCCAGACGUUAGGAAUCACUGACCGAAGAUCCAAUCGGAGGGAAUGUAGAGCCCGCGUUGAGCCUGGCGGGAGUCCUGGGCCGACGGGGAGCGAGGGAGGCCGCGGGGCCGAGGCGCACCUCGGAGGCCCUCCCCGCCUCGCGCCGUAGUCCAGUCCCAAGAUGGCGGCCACCAUGAAGAAAGCGGCUGCAGAAGAUGUCAAUGUUACUUUUGAAGAUCAACAAAAGAUAAACAAAUUUGCACGGAAUACAAGUAGAAUCACAGAGCUGAAGGAAGAAAUAGAAGUAAAAAAGAAACAACUCCAAAAUUUAGAAGAUGCUUGUGAGGACAUCAUGCUUGCAGAUGAUGACUGCUUAAUGAUACCUUAUCAGAUUGGUGAUGUUUUCAUUAGCCAUUCUCAAGAAGAAACACAAGAAAUGUUAGAAGAAGCAAAAAAAACUUUGCAAGAAGAAAUUGACACCUUAGACUCCAGAGUGGAAUCAAUUCAGCGGGUGUUAGCAGAUUUGAAAGUUCAGUUAUAUGCAAAAUUUGGGAGUAACAUAAACCUUGAAGCUGAUGAAAGUUAAACAUUUUAUAAUACUUUUUUAAUUUGUUUAAUAAACUUGAAUAUUGUUUAAAAUGAUAAUUUCCCUUCUUUAAAUGAUAUGGAAAGCAAAACUUUUUUUAAAUUUUUCAUUUAUUUAAUGGAAACUUGCCUAUUUUCACGUCUUGCUUAUUUAUUUUAUAUUUUUAAAAGAAGACAGUAUUCAUCUAUGUAUUUUGCAUAACAAUUAUAUCAAGUGUAGGGGCUUUAUGUCGUUAUUAAAAUCAGUUAAGCAAUC